AAAUCAUACAGCUCGAGCACAGAGCGCAUGGGGAUAUCGUCGUCCUCGAUAUAGAGGAGAACAUGGAUGAGGGCAAGACGUACGCUUUCUUCCAAUGGGCGAGUCGACUGCCAGAAGGCGCCCAGCCGAGGUUCAUAAUGAAAGCCGACCAGGAUACCUUCCUCAUACUACCAAACGUGCUCGCCUCCUUCUCCGAAUUGUCGUGCUCCGAACUCGUCUACUGGGGCACAUGGUGGGGCUCUUGCAUGCACUGCUACCCGCUCUACAUGCGCGGGCUCGCCUACGCCCUCUCCUGGCCGCUCGUAGCUUGGCUGGGCUCGGCCUCCCUCUCCGGGAUCUCGACAAAGGGGAUCGAGGAUAUUCGCACCGCGGGGUGGUUUGCCUCUUUACCGGAUGGAGCGCCCGUCAAGGUGGUGGAUAUGAAAACGAGGAUGGGGGACUGGUAUGGAGGUACCAUACCACAUGAUGUGCAUACUGUGGCAUUGCAUGCUAUGAAGAACACCGAGUUCUGGAUCGAGGUCGCUCAGGAGAUGGUGGGGAUAUGGAAAACCGCUGGGUGGGAGUAUACCUGGCCUCCUUCUACUGAAGAGUGAAGUGCAGAGCACCCAAAGUGCUUUCCACUCGAACGGCUGUACGACUGCCGAUAUCUUACUGUGGAUUCCCUGUCGAGCACUUGUAUUUUAAUACACG